UUGGCAAAUUAUUUACGAUUCGUCUUCACAGUGCUACGCCGGCCGGUCCUCGCUGCACACGGAGCUACAUAGAGAGAGAGAGAGAGAGAAAAAAGUGGAAGCUCAGUUAGUAGAGUUCGUUGUAUGCCUACAGAGUCAUCAGAGAUCAGAAUGGCUAAGCGGGAGCUAUCCAGUACUUUGAAAAACUUAAAGUUUAUGCAAAGGGCAGCACAAAAGGAGGAGAAAGUUAAGAAGGAAGAAGACAACUUGCCUGAUAGUAAAUUCCCUGCUUCCAGUGCCCCCAAACGAUGUGUUGUAAUUAUGGAAGGAGAUCCUCAUCCUGGGGCAAGAAAGGGCCGGAUGUCAUUUCAAAAUUUUAACCCUUCUAUUGAUAAACUAAAUGAAGAUGUGCCAAACCCUAGCCAAUCUGAAGCCUCUGCAACAUCUUCGGGCAGAACAAGUGAAACGAAUUGUAAUAGAGAAAACGGGUUCAGUCAAGAUGGGCCAGAGAACUCAAAACAGGAUGACUCAAGCACAGACGCAAAGGGAGAUUACAAGAGGAAGCAAGAUGAUGUGGAGCGUGAUGUCCACUUCCCAAAUAAAUCGCAUAAAAAUGUGCAUGGUCAUGAAGGGCCCUCUCGAAGGAGCAAUCAGAAGUUCCAGAAGCAACCCAAGCAUGAAAAGCUGGAUUGGGGUGUUCUUAGACCACCAAAGCAUCAAAACAAAAAACACUAGGCAAAGGUGACUCUUUUUGGCCCUUUGAUAAUUUUUUUCUCGACAUGCUUCUCUAGUCUGUUGUAGUACUAUAAGCUUUUGUAGUAUGGCUGUUAGCACUCCUAAUUGGUUUUGUUUUGAUCACUUCUUUCACCUUGUUGAGUUUAUUGUUCUGUUGACCACCUCAUCUAACCAUCAUCACUGAUGGUAUAAUGUAUGUCUCAAUUUACAUCAAGAAUGGUUUUCAAUAUAAUAUUUCUUGAAGUUUUA